GCAACAAGGAGCGCGGCUGGAACGACCCGCCGCAGUUCUCCUACGGGCUGCAGACCCUGGCUGGUGGUCUCAAGCGCACGCCGCUCACCAAGAGGGUCGCCGCCUCCCAGGAUGGCUCCCCCAGAGUGCUUUCCACCACCCAAUUACUAAAGGCAGAAACCAAGAGUCAUCCUUGACGCCUCUCCCUCUCACUCCCAAUCCAUAAAGUCCUGUCGCUGCCUCCUAAAUUAAUCUAAAGCCACUUCAUUUCCCCUCAUCUGCUCUUUCCCUCUGGUCCAUGGCAGCCUUCUCUUUACUGGUCUACUCCGUUAACCUCUCAACCAUUGUACAUGCCUCCAUUCUUGACCUAUUCUCAUUCAUCUUUCUUGGACCAUACAGAGUGAUUGUCUUAAACAAGACUAGUCACAUCACCCCCUGUGAUUUAUAAACCUGCAGUGGCUUCCCAUUACCAUUAGCCCUCAAGACCAAACUCCUCCAAAGCUCUGUAGGGUCUGGACCCUUGCUUGCUUUUCCAGAGAUUGCACAUACUACUUUCUUCAGUGUUACUAAUUUCCAGCCAUCCAGGGCUGGUUUGUGUAACUUGAACAAAUCAGGACUUUUCCUGCCUGUUAGACACUGCCCUUAUCUCUGCCUGGUUCACUGUUCCUUCAACUCUUCCUGGAUGCAUGUACCUCAUCCGUUAGUUCUUAACUUUGUGAGGACUUUGUUACACAGAAAUCUAGCACCUGCACCUAUAUUAUGUACACUGCAACCCUGUAAAGUUAAGUGCUGCUACCAGGAUAUCCCCAUUUUACAGAAGAGGAAUACAAGCUUAGGGGUUAAAGUCCCCACCUCACAGACUUCUACGGGGCUCCCCCCAAUGGGGCCUACACCUCCUGUGAGUAAGGCUCCCAGGCCCCCACCUGUGGGGAGUUGUCCUGCCUCCAGUGUGGAGCCAGCAAAUUUCUCAGUCACCGAAUCUGAAACUCUACUGGAAGACGUGCUCAAACCUUUGGAAGAGGCAUUGGAGGAUUGCCGCGGUCACACAAAGAAGCAGGUAUGUGAUGACAUCAGCCGACGCCUGGCUCUACUGCAGGAACAAUGGGCUGGAGGGAAGCUGUCAGUACCUGUGAAGAAGAGGAUGGCUCUGCUGGUGCAAGAGCUUUCAGGUCACCAGUGGGAAGCAGCAGAUGACAUCCACCGCUCACUCAUGGUUGACCAUGUGACUGAGGUCAGUCAGUGGAUGGUGGGAGUUAAAAGAUUAAUUGCGGAAAAGAGGAAUCUGUCUUCAGAAGAAGAGGCCAAUGAAGAAAAAUCUACAGACACAGCUGAGGAGAACCAGAUGGUACCAGGUGUCUAAGAGGUUCCAUAAUCUUAUGGGAUCCCUAGACUCACAUCAUUUCCUAUGCCUUGGCAGAGAGGCCUGCUCUCUCUUGGCUCCCUCUUAACCACUUGGGAGACUGCCCCCUUGGGAUCCUUGGCCUGAUGCACCCACCUCUGGGGGAAGAGGUGCCACCUGGGCCAUAGGAAGUCACUUGUUACCCAUAACAUACAUUUCAAUAAAAACAUCUCUGUAGUGGGCCA